AUGGCGACGCGGGACGCGGGUGGGGGUGGCUGGUACCUGCUUGAUAGAGACGCUGCUCCGGAGAUCCUGGCUGAGACCGGAUCAUGUCGGACCUUGGCUCCGAGGAGUUAGAGGAGGAGGGAGAGAACGAUCUUGGGGAGUAUGAGGGGGAUCGCAAUGAGUUGGGAGAGCGGCACGGACAUGGGAGAGCACGAUUGCCCAACGGGGACACGUACGAAGGACAGUAUGAGUCUGGGAAAAGACACGGACAGGGGGUCUACAAAUUUAAGAAUGGUGCCCGCUACAUCGGAGAAUAUGUUAAAAAUAAAAAGCACGGUCAAGGCUCCUUCGUCUAUCCAGAUGGGUCCAGAUAUGAAGGGGAAUGGGCAGAUGACCAGAGGCAUGGCCACGGCGUAUACUACUACGUCAAUAAUGACACCUACACGGGGGAGUGGUUCGCCCAUCAAAGGCACGGGCAAGGCACCUACUUGUACGCAGAGACCGGCAGUAAGUACGUCGGGAGCUGGGUGAACGGGCAGCAGGAGGGUGCCGCCGAGCUCAUCCACCUGAACCACAGAUAUCAGGGCAAGUUCAUAAACAAAAACCCUGUCGGCCCUGGAAAAUACAUAUUUGACAUUGGAUGCGAACAGCACGGUGAAUACCGCCUAACAGAUGUGGAAAGAGGAGAAGAGGAGGAGGAGGAAGAGACAUUAGUGACUAUCAUUCCAAAAUGGAAAGCUCUCAAAAUCACGGAGCUGGCCCUGUGGACUCCAACCCUCUCUGAGGAGCAGCCUCCUGCUGAGGGACCAGGCCAGGAAGAAGUACCAGGAGCUACUGGUACCGGUGAACCCCCAGAUGAUGCCCAGGGGAUAGGAGAAGGUUUUGAGGGUGAUAUGGAGAUGAGGGCCGGCGAGGAAGACUUGGACACAUUCAUGCAGGAGAGCCGCGAGAACAGCUACGACAUGGACCAGGGAAACGUGAACUUUGAUGAAGAACAGUUAGACCAGGAAUAAAAUGAAGGAGGUAGAACACAAACAGCCAGCAGUGCCUUCGCUAUCGCCAGCCAGCUGGGGCCGGUACCGGCUGGCUGUCAACUUUCCUUUCUCAGUUGUUGUUUUACAGUUGGAAAUAAAUCUCCCGGUGUGUUCAGUGUUUGUGAAGGGGC